AUGUAUCUGCCACGCGAUCUCAUAUCAAAACUCUACACUCACCUUCAGAACACCCGACAUCCCCUAUCACCUCCGGUCCUCAUUCUUGUCGCCCUUGAACCCGAUUCCCUCUGUGCCUGUCGCAUUUUAACACGGCUUCUCAAACAUGACUAUAUACCACACAAGAUUCACCCAGUGUCCGGAUAUGGGGACCUCGAACGCGUUGGCCAGGACCUUGUUGGUCCCAUGAUGGAGAGCCGUGGGGGGAGUGGAGGAGUUGUCGUGUGCCUCGGCGUAGGUGGUAUGGUGGACAUGGGAACUAUUUUAGGCCUCGAGACUGAAGGCGAGGAGUCGAGUUUCAGUGGUGUUGAAGUCUGGGUUAUAGACUCGCAUCGGCCGUGGAACCUUGGCAAUGUUUUCGGCGGAUAUCCACUUGAACCCACUUCCGGUGCCGUUACGAGUUACCAGGCCCGUGCCCCCAGUGGUGUAGCUUCGGGCCGAGUAGGCAACUCGUAUAAACCUGGAAAGGGUGGAAUUAUUGUAUUCGACGACGGUGACAUCGAAGAAGGGCUCAAAGCCGAACGGGACGCGUACCUGGCGCUAAUUGACAUGCCUGAUAUUGAAGAUAAUGGCGAGCCGUAUGGGGAAAGUGAUUCCGAAAGUGAAGGUCAAGGUGAGGUAGAAGUAGAGGUUCAUUCUCUACGUUCUGGUAAGAAGAGGAAGUCUUGGUCGGAUCGGGAUGAUGAGAGUAGCGGUGAGGAAGAUGACCGACCUCGACAAAGGAGAAGGAGUAAUUCUUCUACCCCAAUUCCGGACUCCCCGCAACGUCCGGCCCAGCGCGGAUUGAUUUCAAUACGGGAUUCCGAUCUGAUCAGAUCGGACGACCUGGAAAAUCCGCCCUCCGGAGCACAACCUCCUAAAGGCCCGUCAGCCCGCACCCUUCGGAGACGACUACUACGAAUGCGAAAUGAGAAUGAAGGUAUCCUUCGGAAGUAUUACAGGAUGGGAUCAUCUUAUUCCGAGCCUAUCAGUGCAAUGAUUUACUCUCUAGCAUCAGAGUUGGGUCGGGAAGACAAUGACUUGCUUUGGCUAACAAUCGUUGGCGUCACGUCCAUGGAACUAUAUGGUCGCUCUUCAGCCGGCUUAGCUGUUAUGGUCCGCGGUUCAGAUUCUAGGCCGUCAAAUGGCUGGAUGGGCGUCCGUGGCGCCCGGAUACGGCAACUCCUGCGGGACGAAGUGAGGCGUCUUAACCCACCGGAAAUGGGCAGACUCUCAGUAUCAGAUGGUGCUGGAAUUAUCCCUACUACAGCUCGGAACCCGGAGGACACGAGUAUUCGACUAUCCCCCGAACCAAAAUUCUUACUGAUUAGACAUUGGAGCCUUUAUGAUAGUAUGCUACAUUCACCAUAUCUCUUCUCAAGGCUGCGAAUCUGGAGCGAGAGCGGUAUCAAACGUUUACACAAGCUUCUUGCCAAAAUGGGCGUGAGCCUGGUCCAAUGCAAGCAGAGCUACACACACAUGGAUAUGAUGCUGAAAAAGGAGCUACGUACGAAACUGCUGAAGUAUGCAUCUUUAUACAACCUCGACGAUAUGGUACCUGCGGUGGAAACAGAUGUCAGAGAUCGAGCAGGGGCUAAAGACGGAUGGGGGUUUGUCCGGAGCUGGGGUUGGCGAGCCACGCUCAGCGCUCAAGACGUCGGAGUGAUCAUUGGCGCUUUGCUCGAAGUAGGCAAACAUAAUACGGUGGCCGGCGAGGAUAGCCGCUACCGAGCAAGUCAAAUACAGGACAUCGAAGAUGAAGGUGGAGUGGCCGAAACCCAGGAAUGGGUCAGUCGCUUUUGGGGAGCGUAUGAUGCUCUUGAAAACAUCGAUGCUCUAAAAGCCGGCCUUCCUACAGCGAAAGAACUUCAUCGUGCUAUCUUUCGAACGGGAACUACCCUGAUUGGCAAAAGACAAAUCAAGCAUUUACAUGCUUUCCGUCUUUGCGUUAUUAAAGACGGACCGGACGUCCCUCUGUUUACACACCCCGCUGCGCUUACGAAGCUCGCCCUUUGGGUUGGCGAGGCCCUUGCUGAGCAGGAAAAGGAUGUCAAUGGGAAACUAGCACAUGGCGGACGUGGCACACCGCUCGUUGUAGCAAGUCUGAACGAGAAGCGAGGUGUCUAUGUUGUAGUCGGUACCGGUGGCGGCGGCGGACCUGAUCUCGCGUUCCUAGAUAAGGAAGCAGCCAAAAAGAAACAGGUUGCCAAGGAAGCUAAGCUCAAGGAGCGGGAACAGAAGCAACGGAACAGGGAGAAGAUCAGGGAAGAGAAGCGCGCUGCAAGAGCUGCAGCCGGCGAGGACGAUGACGAGGAAGAAACAGAAUCCGAAGACAGCGAUGGAUCAGACUCGGAUUCAGAGGACGAAGUUGAAGAGCAUAAAGACCGUGGCUACGGAUUAAACAAGUUCGGCACCGCCUUCCAAGAUGUGGUUAACGAGACAAACGCCCGCGUGCGAAUCGACAGCUUUGAGCACUGCGUCGUUGAGGUUCGGAAGGAUGACCUUGGCGGGUUCCUUGAGAGCUUAAGUCAAAAGACCGUCGUCGGAUGA